AUGUUGGUUGUGUUCCAGAAUAAAAUCAUCUACAUGCCCGGACUGCCCCCCAACGCGCGAAGCGAGCACAUCGAGGACUAUGCGAGUAGCUGUGGGGGCAUCCAAUGGCGUGAAGAGAGGACGAAGACGGUGGAUGGAAAGGACCUUGCAAUAGCCGUGGCGACGAUUCCGCUGUGGCGGGGAGAGGAUGAGAAUUCAAAGGCAGCCCGGGGCCAUAUCUUCUAUGUCCUCUACUUUCAGGGCAAUGCCUCGUCAACACCGCCCCGGUUGCCAGACCUCUCAUGGGUUCUUCGGGCCGUCAGAGACAGCAAAAUACCGAGUUUGGCAUGUGCAGAACUAACUUUUGUCUGCCUCAGUUAUCGAGGCUACUGGACCUCACGAGGGCGUCCAUCUGAACGGGGCCUCCGGCUCGAUGCAGAAGCCGGCGUGCAAUGGAUUGCGCAACGCCAUGAUCGCAUAUUUGGGACUAGAAGCGAUUCUCCCAUCUCGAUACUCCUUGUUUGGGGGCAGAGUAUCGGCUCCGGCGUCGCCACCAACCUCGCCGCCACCGGCAAGAUACCGGAGGCCAUGCCAAUCAGGGGCCUGCUGCUUGAGACUCCGUUUUUGUCAGUCAGAGCGAUGUUGGAAACGCUAUACCCUCAAAAGUGGUUGCCAUAUAAGCACCUGUGGCCUUUUUUGCGUAGCCAGUUGGAUAGCUGGGCAAACUUGGGCUUGAUCGCGGAGGCUUCCAAAAGGAAAGGUGGGACAGCGCCCGGUAUAUUCAUUUUGGAAGCCGAAAGGGAUGAGUUGGUGCCGAAGGUGCAAAGCGAGCAACUCUAUCGGAGAUGCGUAGACCUUGGGCUACCUGUCGAGAAGGGGGUUGCCCCAGUCGCAUACCACAGCGAGGCAAUUGCCAGAGGACAGGGCAAGAAGAUUGCCGCGCAAGCCAUCCUGCAGCUGGCCAAGAGAGCGCUGGAAAGCGGAUGA